AUGUUUAGAAAAUCUGAUAAGGAUAGGAAAAAUGAGGCAAUUCAACAAGCAGUUCCAGAAGAAAAAUUUAGAAAGCCAAGUCCAUUAGGAGGAAAUAAAUGGGACGAAGAGGAUUUCUUAGAAUUUUAUGGAGUCUAAAAAGAUUAAUAAAUUAAACUUCACACUUACAGAUGUAAAACAACACUAUCAGAGUCAAAAUCUGUAACUGUUUUUUUUCAUGGACUUAAUGAGCAUCUUGGAUUAUAUGCUCAUAUUGCUUAGGCUGUUAGUAAGAAGGCAAAUAGUGUUGUAGUUGGAUUUGAUUUUAGAGGAUUUGGUAAAAGUUAAGGAUUAAGAGGAUGGGUGGAAUCUAGAGAAUAAUUAUUAAAUGAUUGUUAAAGAUUCAUAAUGCAAAUUAGAACUAUGUAUCCAAGAUUGCCUUUAUUUACUCUUGGUUAGUCUAUGGGUGGAAUGGCAUCUUAUUUAAUGGGAUUAAAUGAUGUUUGUGAAGGAACUAUAUUGAUUACACCUGCAAUAUUGGAUAAUUAUUAUAAUCAACCAUUUAUGAAAAAAUUGGGAUUGUGUUUUGGUGCAUGUUUUCCAACCUGGAAUCCAUUUCCACCUGUUAUAGUGACAGGAUCAAGAAAUCCAUAAAUUUUAGAAGAUAAUUUAAAAGAUCCUUAUUGUGUGUAGGUAGCUGUAUUACCAGGGACAGGUAGAGUACUUGUGUCUACAAUGAGAUCUCUUCCAUAAACUUUCACAUAAUAUAAAAAACCAUUUUUAGUGAUUUCAGCAGGAAUGGAUUAAAUUGUAGAUCCUGAUGUGGGACAUGAGCUUAUGAAGUAAAGUCCUUCUCAAGAUAAAUAAAUGAUUCAUUAUGAGAAUAUGUGGCAUGACUGUGUUUAAGAGGAAGAAAUCAUUGAAAUUAUACCCAAAAUUGUUGAUUGGAUAUCAUAAAGAUCAAUUAAAUGA